AUGCCUCGUCAGUUGUCUGAAGUUGAAAAGGCUCAAAUUGUAUCAAGAAUCGAAGAAGGAUGGUCAAUCCGUGCUGUAGCGCAGUUGUAUAAUAGAAAUAAAAAAACCAUAUUGAAAAUUAAGCAACGCUGGGAACAGGAAGAUUCCCUAAAGAGGAAAAUUGGUCCAGGUCGUCCCAAACUUACCAACCCUGAACAGGAUGCUGCUUUUUUGGGAUAUUUAAGAAAUAAUCCAUUUGCAACUGUAAGGGAUGCUGUUAUUGAUACAGCAUUUCCUGCCUCCCAACCUACCGCCAGCAGGAGAGUAAUGAAAUCUGAACUAAAAUGUCACCCUGCUGCGAAAAAAAUGUUUCUUAACGAAGAACGGCGACAAUCAAGGAUUAUUUUUGCUUUAAAUUAUAUAUACCGCAAUCCUCAAUUUUGGAACAGGGUCAUUUUUACUGAUGAAAAGACGUUCCAGUUGACUUAUAACGGCCAAAUUCGUGUUUACCGUCCAAACAAUACCAGAAUGGAAAUAUGCCCCGAAAUUAUAAGAGGACAAGUAAUCGGCAAUCAUGGAGUCAAGAAGAGAUGAAAAAAGCUAUUGAAGCUGUUAAAGAGAAAAAAUGGGUUGGCUUCUGGCUUCUAAGACCUUCAAAGUGCCACAAGCUACACUAAAGUGGAAUGGUUUGCAACAAAAUAAAACAGUUGCACCUGCAGCAAAAGGUUUAGGCCGAUUUCAGCUAACAUUUCCUCUUGAAAUUGAGAGGCAAUUGGUUGAGCACAUUAAGCUACUUGAAACUCGUAUGUCUGGAUUAGCGCGUACAAUAGUCCAAGAUCUCGCUUUCGAAUUGGCUGAAAAGAAUGGCUUUUCACACAGUUUUAAUAAAGAUAAGGGUAAAGCUGGCCAGGAGUAGCUAGAUGGAUUUUUAAACCGCCAUAAAGACAUAUCUUUACGAAAACUGGAGCCUACCUCCGCAGCUAGAGCCCAAGCCUUUAAUAGACCUCAAGUAAGAAAGUUUUUCGAUAACUAUCAAGAAUACAUAGACAAACACAAAUUAAACGCAAACCGGAUCUACAAUGUGGACGAAUCGGGG